UGUUAUGUCCACUGGUCUUUGUGUCAGCUGUUUCCCUGGGACUUGGAUGAAGACUGGAGACAUACAAUUCCCCUAAAUCUUCAACCCAUGGAUUCUGCUGCAUUUCUCCUGUUAAUGGUUUUGGCCUCUUCUCAUGGAUUCAACCUGGACACAGAUUAUCCCACAAUAUUUCAGUCAGAUGGAGCUGAGUUUGGGCACACUGUGGUCCUAUAUGAGGGUUCUCGCGUGGUGGUAGGAGCUCCCUUGGAGAAGACAUCCCCUAACCAAAGAGGGCAACUCUACAACUGUGAAUAUGGCAUUGGGAAGUGUGAGGCAAUCCCCAUGCAAAUCCCUCAAGAGGCAGUGAACAUGUCCCUGGGGCUCUCUCUGACAGCUGGAACAAACCCUUCACAGAUUCUGGCCUGCGGACCCACAGUACAUCAAGCCUGCGGGGUGAAUACUUAUAUGAAAGGUUUCUGCUUUUUGUUGAAUUCAAAUCUGCAGCAACGCCAGAAUUUCCCAAUAGCUCUACAAGAGUGCCCCAAACAAGAUUCUGAUAUUGCUUUCCUGAUUGAUGGUUCUGGCAGCAUUUCUUCCUCUGACUUUGAGAAAAUGAAAAACUUUGUGAAAGCUGUGAUGAGUCAGUUUGAAAGACCUAACACACAGUUUUCCCUGAUGCAGUUUUCCUCCACAUUCUUGAUUCAUUUCACCUUUAACCAAUUCAAGACGAGUCGUGAACCUGGAAAACUGGUGGAUGGUAUUUUUCAACUGUCUGGACUGACAAAAACUGCCUCAGGCAUCAGAAAAGUAGUAAAACAACUCUUUCAGAAAUCAAAUGGAGCACGAGAAGAUGCCACUAAGAUCCUCAUUGUCAUCACAGAUGGGGAAAAAUAUGGAGACUCCCUGGAAUACAGAGAUGUCAUUCCUGAGGCAGAGAAAGCAGGAAUAAUCCGAUAUGCAAUUGGGGUGGGAAAAGCCUUUGACCAUACAUCCUCCAAACAAGAACUAAAAGAAAUAGCAUCAAAGCCUUCCAGUGAUCAUGUAUUCUGGGUUGAAAACUUUGGAGCACUCAACAAUAUUCAAAAACAGCUGAAAGAGAAGAUCUUUGCCAUUGAGGGUACCAAGUCUAGAGACAGUAUCGCCUUCCAGGAUGAAAUGUCACAGGAGGGCUUCAGUGCUGCACUUAUAUCCGAAGGACCUGUCCUUGGCACUGUGGGGACCUUUGACUGGUCAGGCGGUGCCUUCAUGUACUCCCUAACUGGAAGUGCCACCUUUAUUAAGAUAUCCAGUACAGAUAAGGACAUGAAUAAUGCUUACCUGGGUUAUUCCACUGAGGCAUUCAUUUGGAAUGGGGUUCAAAGUCUUGUUCUGGGAGCCCCUCGUUACCAGCACAUUGGGAAGGUUGUGAUCUUUGUGAAUCGUCAAAGAACCUGGGUGCAGAAGACUGAGGUCAAAGGCACACAGAUUGGCUCCUAUUUUGGGGCAACACUCUGCCCUGUGGAUCUUAACGGGGAUAGAAACACUGACCUGAUCCUCAUUGGAGCUCCUUAUUACUAUGAACAGAGCCAUGGAGGCCAAGUGUCUGUCUGUUCAUUAUCUUGGCAGAAAGCCAAAUGGCAGUGUAAUAGCAUUCUUCGUGGGCAGCAAGGACACCCCUUGGGCCGUUUUGGGGCAGCUUUGGCUGUUCUAGGGGACAUAAAUGGAGAUAAGCUAGCAGAUGUGGCUGUGGGAGCACCAGGGGAGGAAGAAAACCAUGGAGCCAUUUAUUUGUUUCAUGGAAUGGCUGAUUCCAGCUUCAACCCUUCUUAUACCCAGAGAAUCAGUGGCUCCCUUCUUUCCCCCACAAUCCAAUAUUUUGGCCAGUCACUGAGUGGAGGACAAGAUAUCACCCAAGAUGGUCUCAUGGAUGUGGCAGUGGGAGCCCAAGGACAGGUACUGCUUUUCAGGACACAGCCAGUGCUGAAAGUUAAAGUGUCUAUGCAGUUUUUGCCAGCAGAAUUGUCAAGGUCUGUGUUUGAGUGCCAGGCACAGGAAGUUACCAACAAGGAAGCAGGAGCUCGGAUCUGCCUUACUAUCUCCAAAAGUAUUCAAGACAGGUUAACUGACAUCCAAAGUUCUGUGAGUUAUGACCUGGCACUGGAUCCUGGACGCCCAAAACCUCGUGCCAUCUUUGAUGAGAAAAAAAAUCGGACCCUAAAUCGAGUUAAAAUCCUGGGACUAGGGAAUCACUGUGAGACUGUGAAGCUGCUGUUGCCAGAAUGUGUGGAGGAUUCUGUGACUCCCAUCAUUCUGCGCCUCAACUUCAGUCUGGUGGGACAGCCCAUCCCUUCUUCUGGGAACCUCCGACCUGUGCUUGCUAAGGACUCUCAGAAAAUCUUCACGGCAGCUCUCCCUUUUGAAAAGAAUUGUGGUGAUGAUCAUAUCUGUAAAGAUGAUCUCAGUGUCACUUUGAGUGUCUCCGGGCUGCAGACCUUGUUGGUAGGAUACCAUCUCGAGCUGGAUAUUGAAGUGACAGUGAGGAACCAGGGUGAAGAUUCUUACAGAACCAUGGUCACUUUCACAUAUCCCCCAGGAUUGUCCUAUCGUCGAGUGUCAGUGACCCAGAAUUCAAUGCGUCAGCUGCAUUCCCCACGUCUAGUUUGUGAAACAGCAGCCGUGUCGGAGAUGGAGAAUUUAAGAAGCAGUAGCUGUAGCAUCAACCACCCGAUCUUCCGAAUGAGAGCUAUGGUAACUUUCAUAGUGACAUUUGAUGUGUCUCCUACAGCCAACUUUGGAGCCCAGGUGAUCAUCAAAGCCACUGUGAGUAGUGAGAACAACAUACCAAUGACUGAUAAAAACAUCUUCCAACUGAAACUACCAGUAAAAUAUGCCAUCUACACAGUGAUCAACAGCAUUGAAGACUCCACCAAGUAUCUCAACUUCUCAGUUGCAGAAAAGCAUCAAAUUAACAUGACAGAGCACAAAUACCGAGUAAAUAACCUGGGACAGAGAACUUUACCUAUUCACAUAGACUUCUGGGUCCCCACGGAAUUGAACCAGGUGUCUGUGUGGAAUCUGACAGACAUCAUUCACCCCCAGGAUUCAUCAAUUCAGUGUUCCACAGAAAGAAAACAACCCCUUCACUCUGACUUCCUGACCCAUGUGCAGAAGAGCGCAGUGCUGAAUUGCUCCAGCGCUGUCUGCUUGAAAAUUGGCUGUGAUAUUCCCACCAUCAACAUCCAAGAGGAGCUCGACUUCAUCAUUAAAGGCAAUUUCAGCUUUGGCUGGGUCAGCCAGACUAUGCAGAAGAAGCUGUCGUUCAUGAAUUCAGCUGAAAUCAUUUUUAGUGAAUUGGAGUAUUCUCAGCUUCCAGGACAAGAGGCCUUUUUGAAAACCCAGAUAGAGACAGUGGUGGAACAGUAUGAGAUCCAUAAUCCCAUCCCCCUCAUCUUGGGCAGCAGUGUGGGAGGACUCUUGCUACUGGCACUCAUUACGACUGGAUUGUAUAAGCUUGGUUUCUUCAAACGUCAGUAUAAGAACAUGAUGGAAGGUACAGGUGAAGAAGGGUUUGAUAUGAAAAAUGAAGAGUCUCAGGUCCCUGACUCCUGAUGCAGCCAUCCCAUUCUCCUAGGACCUGUUCUCAUAAGGGUAGAAUUUCAAUCUUCCCUUUCCUUGCACAAAGGUGGGCUUGAAAUAAGACCCCUUUUUGAGACUGUUUCUACAAACUCUACUACAUUGGAUUAGGAAUGAAACAGAAUCCUUUAUGACAACAACCACAGAGCGCACAAAACCUGUCAUACUUUCUGGGAAACAUUAUAAUUUUGGCAUAUUUGAAUAAAAUCUCUUACCUGUGAGUCAAUCCA